AUGUUAGAACCAGGAACACCUCAGUCACAUCCUGGCGAAAACAUAUUAGGACCAGGAACACCUCAGUCACAUCCUGGCGAAAACAUGUUAGAACCAGGAACACCUCAGCCAUGUCGUGGCGAAAACAUGUUAGAACCAGGAACACCUCAGUCACAUCGUGGCAAAAACAUGUUAGAACCAGGAACACCUCAGUCACAUCCUGGCGAAAACAUGCUAGAACCAGGAACACCUCAGUCACAUCCUGGCGAAAACAUGCUAGAACCAGGAACACCUCAGCCAUGUCGUGGCGAAAACAUGUUAGAACCAGGAACACCUCAGCCAUCUCGUGGCGAAAACAUGUUAGAACCAGGAACACCUCAGCCAUCUCGUGGUGAAAACAUGUUAAAACCAGGAACAUCUCAUUCACAUCCUAGCGAAAACAUGUUAGAACCAGGAAACAGUCUUUCGACACAAAAGGCGUAA